ACUGCUUGGUUAACCCAGUCUCUGGGGUUUCAAGCAGUCCGGCGACACCUACUGUUUCAGCCGCUUCAGUUCUUCCAUCGUUGCAAUAUAUGUUGCUGCAGAAUGCUAAGCAGAAGGAUCUACUAAUUAAAAUGAUUAAAUAUGUGGAACAAUCAUCUGGCCAUCAAGCAGAGUCUGCUGACGUCGGCAGUACUGAACUCCUACAGAUAUCUCCUGCUUCUGCUAGGGAAAAAGAACUACAAGCUCAAGUGAUUCAUCUGCAGCAAAGUAUUGACAGGCUUGUUGAAGAGUUGCAGAGACUGAAGAUGAUAAAUGCUCAGCUAGAAAGGCAAUUGAAUGCUCUGAACAAGCAGGAUGUGAGGAUUGGGAAAGAGCACGGAGAGCCGUCGUGACACUCCCAACCUAUUUUGGUUUUCGGAGUUGAGAACCGUUGAUUCAUCCUAUUUCAUGGCUAGUCGAUGUCCUGAAGUUAAAACUAUCUACAUCCCUGUGGGUUGCAGCUAGAAAGGCAGUUCAAUGCUGUAUAAGAAGCAAGAGAGGAUUGAAAAAUAGAAAAAAGAGCAGUUAUGACAAUCCCCAAGUCCCAACCCAACCUUGUUCUUUAAUUGAAAAGAUCUUCUCUGGAAGGGGUUGAGGAAAUGAGUUGGUUUUGCAGGAGUCGCGGCAUUCAUGUGCUUUAAUUGUAUUUUUUUAUUGUACAAAAUUAUAAGAUAUAAGAUAUGGAUGUGGGUGAAGAAUGCGCACCCAAAUUUUGAGAUGAUAUCUGUAUAUUUGGAAGGGCCGCAUUAGUAUCUUUUGUAAUUCAAAUAUUUAAUGACUAAAUUAUAUUUUCGUACCAAAAUUUUUUAUUUAUAUUAUAUUUUGGUA